AUGCCGUUCUUCGGUACAAGCGAAGAUUGCGUUCAGAUCACUUGGGAUUCGGAUCGUGUCAUCUAUGCCCAUAAGGUCGAUGAUUAUGUUCCGGUAUUUCGUGAGCAGAUAAGGUUUGGUGGUGACGGUUUGCAUCGAGCCUUAGCCGCUGGUGAGUCUGCCCCGGCAGCCCCAGCAGAGGUUCCUGCACCCGCUGUCCCAGCAGAGGACCCUCCUCUACCACCUCCCGUAGCACCCCCUCCAGCUGAUCCAGGGGAAGGUUCCGGUGCCGACGAUGAGGGUGAUGAGGAUGCACCAACCAAGGCUCAGCGGCUAAUCACUGAAGCCCAGAGUCUAGAACAUCGCUUAACGCAUAUGCCAAAGAACCCAUACUGUGAUGUUUGCAGUCGGAGCCGAAUGCUAAAGAAGCGAACGGCAAGGACGCGCUAUGCAAGGUGUGAUGAUGAGUUAGAUCCGGUUGACGAGUUCGGCCAACGGAUAGGUAGCCGGUAUGUAAACGCGGUUGGAUCCGAGUUUGGUGGCAUGAAAUUACAACUUGGUCAGCUGGUCUACUACAGACUUGACCCGGCAUAUCGUGAGAAGUUUCAGGCAUCAGCAGCGCCAGGGGUGUUUGCAGGUUGGCGGUUCGAUAGUGGUCCAUCAUCUUUCAGAGAAGUCUAUCACGUGUUGGACUAUGGUAAGCUAAAGAACCGUGAACCGGGGUACGAAAAGGCGAUCUCCGUCCCUAGAGAGGAGAUACAUGUUCCCCGCGGUAAUCCCAUCCUUCCGAUGUUCACCGCUGCAGAAGCUGCUUUGUCUAGUUUCACGAAAGCCGAGUAUGAAGCCAUCGAAUUCCUUGAUGUGCCGUUCAGCACGGUGGCACCAUCAACACCUGUGGCAAAGCGCCACGAGUACAUCACUUUAGAUAGGCUCAUGCGACUAGGCGCAACACCUGGUUGUAAGGCCUGCAAGUUCGAUGGAACAGUACACACACCAGUAUGUAAGGCAAGAUUCGAUGGUUUGAUUAAAGCCGAGAAGAUUGCUGCGAGCAAGUCAGUCAGAGACGCGGCACCGCCCGAUGUCGAGCGCCCUGAUCCUUCGGCGGAGUCUGCACCCGCAGCCCCCGAGGGUGAUGAGGAUGCCCCAGAGCGCGCGAGCUCCUCUGCUGGCCCACGAGCUCCAGCUGGUGUUGUGGUUCAGUCUUCUGAAAACAAGGUUUCAACAGGUGAGUUUGGUUUGAGUGCAAGGCAGCCUGAGUGGAUCGACUUCGCAUCGAAACACGAGCUUUCCAAUGUAGCCUGUGUUAGUGGCAACAAGGCCAUCACCAUCGCUUCAAACUCUAGGCGAGUACUGGAGCACUUCGCAAAGGUGUCAACAAAGGAGUCGUCAGAGAUUAAUGCAACCAGCAUCAAGGCAUAUGAGUUUGCAGAUCUCGUGAUACAAUCCUUGUUUCCCCAGCGGUACUUCAAAAGUGUCCCCAAUCUUGGUAAAGCGAGCGCGCUUAUUACCAAGAAUCUCUCCCGCCGAGAAUGGCAAGCUGAGCCGAAGGCGCUCGAGGCCAUCGCUCAAGAAGCAGAGGGAUUGCGCCGAAAUGGCACAUGGGAUGACACAACAGCCAUGCCACUGCAUGAGCUGAGAAGUCAGGCCAGGAUGCCUGAGUAUGCUGAGCAGAUUGUCCAAACCUAUUGCGAGAUCACCGGGACAACGCCCGACAAGCUUCGUCGAGUGAACACGCCCUGCAUCGCUGAAUCGUCAAUGACCGACGAGGAUAUCUCAGCGCAAGGCGAGCUCCACGAUUCAGCAUCACGCAUCUUGAUGCGCUGUUUGUGGUUAGCUCGUCUCUGUAGAGCUGACAUCGCAUUUGCUGUAACUCGCUUAGCUUCCAGGGUCACUCGUUGGACCGCCUGGGAGGACAGACAAGUGCUCAGACUUGUGUCGUACAUUCAUCACACUAGAGAUGUUUGCAUGAAUGCCAGUUGCUCUUGGGAUGCUGCUCCCGAGCUACGGGUGUAUACAGACGCUGACUUCGCAGCCUGUCCCUACACUUCACGUAGCACGUCCGGGAUUGUAGUCCACAUAGGCACAGGUCAGCAUGCAUUCCCUGUGAUGUGGCAAAGUCGCAAGCAAACGUCUGUUGCGAGGUCGACGCCAGAGGCCGAAAUGAUCUCAAUGGCAUCAGCCAUGUUUUCAGAGGUCAUAAAUUUGCAGACGUUCUUACAGUCAGCCUUCAAAAGCACAGUGCCGAUCAUCUUCUUCCAAGACAAUGAAACUGUCUUGGCCAUCCUGAAGUCAGGAUACAGUCCUAAGCUUCGCCACUUAGGGCGCGUGCACCGCGUGAACGUGGCAAGUAUGGCAGAGAUCUUUGAGCAAGAAGAGUUUUCGGCUACUUACGUGAACAGCAAGGAGCAAUUAGCUAAUGGUUUGACUAAGAUCAUCCCUCCUGCUGAGUGGUCUGAUAUGCUCACACAGUUGUGCCUUCACGAAGGUGUCCCUCACAGUGCGACCGUCUCAAAGGUCGUAGCUGAGGAAGCAGAGCGUUUUGCAAGCUCACUGCCUAGAAAGAUCACACAAGAAGACCUUGUGCAGCUUUUGUCGUACUUGCCAGGGGAGAGCGCCGUGCGCCCCUCUGCAAGUGAGGCAAUGUGCUUCACCACCGGUGCGUUCGCGCACGGAGGCUUCGCUGUCCUGCGAAUGCUCACUCGGCCCAAAUCACAGGGCUUCAUCUGGCAUUUUGUGAAAGGAGCCAGAAAUUCUCCACAGGGCGACAGGAUGCAAGGAGCCCUGUACAGCGCGCGGAGCAGGGCACCAAUUCUCGGAGGGAACUUUGCAGUGUGGGGUGGAACCUUCUCGUCCUUCGAUUGCUCCCUCCAGUACGUUCGCAGGCAGGAUGAUCACUGGAAUGCCAUUGCAUCGGGGUUCUUGACCGGUGGGGUGCUUGCUGCGCGAGGCGGCUGGAAAGCUGCUAGCCGCAACGCCGUUAUCGGUGGCGUUCUUCUUGCAAUCAUCGAAGGCGUUGCAGCUCUCUUGAUGCGGUCCCUGUCGAAGACCCCAAGAGAGCAGGCCAUCGAAGCGAUGGAGCAGGAAAGGCAGAUGAAGGAGAAUCCGAAUGGUCCAUUUCCGACAUGGUUGCGAAACCCAAUGAGCCCACAGCCGCAAGCCCCCUAG